CCUGACAAGUGAGGCAAAGAGAGUGGAGUUCCAAAGAAUCUACACACCAUUUACAUAUUCAGCCUCGAGGUACAAAAGCGCACGGAAGAAAGGAUAAGUUGAUAGUAACAAGACGUGACACCUUGGCAAUUGCUCAAAAAGCAGGAGGGACCAAUCAAUCCUGAACUUUUUUCCCAAUAAGACGACGACUGCAGCAACAGAUUCUCCAACCAGCAAAGGAAGACAGAAAGCACAGCUUCCAAGUAAUGCCAUCCAACAAGUACUCGUCCGCUAUCAUGGCGGAAAGUGACAAGAUGACUGCUACGGCUGCAGUUAAUGGAGAAGCUCUGGCAGCAGAGGGUCUCCUGGAGAAGGACGCCAGCCUAAAGAUGACCAGCGAGAACAGCCCCCUGGCAGCCGCAGAGCCCCCAUCGCCCUUCAGCCCAAAACAAAAUGGAGGCGCUGCUUCGCCCGCAGAUGCAAAUGUGAACCAGCCGUCCGAGAGCAGGAAGAGGAUCCGCAAACGAUCGGUGUCAGAAGACGAGUCCUCCUGCAGUGAGGAGGAGAAGGCACGUACCCAUCCUGGCUGUGGGUCCAGUUUACGGCAGAGGCCUCGGCCCAGGACCAUCUUCCAGGCCGGCCUGACCCCACACAGUAAACCCCGCAGCAGGGACCGAGGACGGCAGGGCAAGGCAGAACGCAGUAGCCCCCUGAUGUCUGGCUGCAGUGAGCCCAGUCUGACGUCGUCAUCGGCGGCGGUUCCGGAGAGUCCCUCCCUGGAGCUGCUGGAGCAGGACUCCAAAGACUCGGCCCAGAGCAUCACCACCUCCACCUCCACCUCCACCUCCCUGGUCUCCACAGAAGCCACCAGCCAGCCAGAGUAUAAGGACAACAAGGGCUUUGGCAUUGGCGAGCUGGUUUGGGGCAAGAUCAAGGGAUUCUCCUGGUGGCCGGGCAUCGUGGUGACCUGGAGAGCCACGGGCAAACGGCAGGCCACACAUGGCAUGAGGUGGCUGCAGUGGUUUGGCGAUGGCAAAUUCUCAGAGGUGUCUGCAGAUAAGCUUGAGUCCAUCACUGCCUUCCCUAAGUACUUCAACCAGUCCUCCUACACCAAGCUGGCAUCGUACCGCCGAGCCAUCUUCUCAGCCCUGGAUGUGGCUAGAACACGUGCGGAGAAGACAUUCCCGCCCUGCGACCCGGAAAGCCCCGAGGACCAGGUGAAGCCCAUGCUGGAGUGGGCCAAUGGCGGCUUCCUGCCCAAAGGACAGGAGGGUCUCAAACCCUCCGAGAACUCAGAAAACGGUGCCUUGACCUCGCAGGUGCUUGACGUCAGCCUGUCCGAUUACUUCCCGAUGGCAAAGAGACAGAGGAUGAGCAUGUGCAAGACCAAGACUGGCACAGAGGACGUGUACAGCAGAGAGCAAAUGGUUCAUGAAGUCAUGAAGAAUUCCUGCAGCAUUGAAGACUUUUGUCUGUCCUGUGGGAAAAUGCGUAUUGCGACCUUCCACCCGCUUUUUGAAGGAGGACUGUGCCAGACAUGCAAGGACGUGUACCUAGAGAUGUCCUACAUGUACGAUGACGAUGGCUAUCAGUCUUAUUGCACGGUGUGCUGUGGGGGCAGAGAGGUGCUGCUCUGUGGAAAUGCCAACUGCUGCAGGUGUUUCUGUGUGGAUUGUCUGGACAUCCUGGUGGGCGCGGGUGCAGCCAACAGUGCACGUGACCUGGACCCCUGGCGCUGCUACAUGUGCCAGCCGUCACAAAAAUAUGGCGUCCUACAGCGGCGGCAUGACUGGAGCCUCAAGCUACAGGAGUUCUUUGUCCACGACAACGGGCAGGAGUUUGAAAGUCCCAAAAGCUAUCCUGCAGUCCCAGCUGAACAGAGACGUCCCAUUCGCGUGCUGUCCCUUUUCGAUGGCAUUGCCACUGGCUACUUGGUGCUAAGAGACCUGGGCUUCAAGGUGGACUUGUACAUCGCCUCUGAGGUGUGUGAGGAUUCCAUAUCAGUAGGCGCUGUGCGACACGAAGGAAAGAUCCAGUAUGUCCAUGAUGUGCGCAACAUCUCUCGGAAGGAUAUGGCUGAAUGGGGUCCGUUUGACCUGGUGAUUGGAGGAAGCCCAUGCAAUGAUCUCUCCAUCGUUAACCCUGCUAGAAAAGGCCUCUAUGAGGGCACUGGACGACUUUUCUUCGAGUUCUACCGGCUGCUUAGUGAAGCGAAGCCCAAGGAGGGAGAGAACCGGCCCUUCUUCUGGAUGUUUGAGAACGUGGUGGCCAUGGGGGUCAAUGACAAGAGAGACAUCUCGCGCUUCUUAGAGUGUAACCCUGUCAUGAUCGAUGCCAUUGAGGUGUCUGCUGCUCACCGUGCACGCUACUUCUGGGGAAAUCUGCCUGGCAUGAAGAGGUAUGGCAGCCUCCUUACAAGUGCAUUUCCCACAGCUCUGACUGUGCCACAGCCCCUGUGUGCUUCUGGCAUGGACAAGCUAGAGCUUCAAGACUGCCUAGAGCAUGGGCGGGUUGCUAAGUUUGGAAAGGUGCGUACCAUCACCACCCGCUCCAACUCCAUUAAACAGGGCAAGGACCAACACUUCCCAGUGCUGAUGAAUGGGAAGGAGGACAUUUUGUGGUGCACCGAACUGGAGAGGAUCUUUGGCUUUCCUGUCCACUACACGGAUGUUUCCAACAUGGGCCGGGGUGCUCGGCAGAAGCUCCUGGGCCGGUCGUGGAGUGUGCCGGUCAUUCGCCACCUCUUUGCCCCUCUGAAGGACUACUUUGCCUGCGAGUAAAGAGUCCCUCAUCCUCCGAGCCCUGCUCCUCUUCCUGUGCUACAUUGUCGCACGCACACACACACACGCGCGCACACACGCACACACACACACACACACACACACACACACACACACACACACACACACACACACACACACACACACACACACACACACACACACACACACACACACUUUCUACACAGGUCCCUCAGUCAUGGGCACUGGCAGUGCAUUCCCAUAGCAACUAAGUCCAUCUCUCGAGAACCAGCCCAUAUCCCCUAUUUUGAAAAAAAAAGCAAAUCGUUGGAAUUCAGAGAAAAGGCCGUUUUAUUUCUUUAUACUGUUGACAUUUGUGGCAUUUUUCAUUUAAUUUUUUAAUGAAAAUAAUGAUCCAAAUUGAAUAUUUUCUCAUAAAUGGAUGAUUGAUGUGUGAAUUUAUGCCCAUUUCUAGACAACUACUUGAAAUCGUUAUUAAUGCAAAAAAGAGUAUACCAUUGCUACUAUCAGUAGUGUCUUGACAGCAUGUGAACAUUGUUUUCCCUGGCACGUUAUGCCUUUGCCAGAAUGACACGUGAUCUCACGUGAGCUAUAGCAUCCAAAGUGCUGACUAGUUUGAAGGUUAAAGAGAUGCAUCCUAGCAGUGCAUUUCAGUGGAAGGUAUAUGACAGAAUGGACGGCCAAACAAAUAAAUAUAGUAUUUAAAUCACAUGUAUAGUUAUUACAAUUUCAAAUGUCCAAGUGCAUUAUACCCAUCCAGUGAUGUCCUGGUUUGUUCCUCCUUGUGUGUGCGUGUGUGUGUCUGUGUGUGUGUGUGUCUGUGUGCGUGUGUGUGCAAAGUUCCGAAACAUGACUCAUUUACAUUAUUUCCACAAAAGGGCAUUAUCUACAUGUAUGUGUUAACAUUCAUGGGAAUGUCUUAACAUUGUUUUGACAAAUCAUGUAUCAUUGUGCAUUUUACUGAGCUGUUGUACUGUACUGUAUCAGGUCUUUUGACAAAACCAAUGUUUACAACUCGCCACUGUUUUUAUUAAGACCAACUGAAAAUGACAGAACAUUGGCGUUUGGCAGUGAAUCAACAAACCGCUUUUUUAGCAUCUUUUAAGAUCUAUCCUGUCAUACAUUACAUACGUAGAAAUGUUGAGGAGAUUGAAAGGUGUUAGAUUUGCCUUAAAGAUAGCACUCUGCUGAAGCUUUUUAUAUUGAAGAAAAAAACGUGUACUUAUUUUUUACUUGCCUGCUAAUGAUGUAAUUAGCUUAUUUUCUUAUACUGGUUAUUUUAUGUUCAACGUCAGCAUACUUUAUUUUCAACAUGUGAGCGUCAUUUUUUAUCACUUUACAUUUUUAUCGGACCAAACAGACAUUAGAGUUAUUGACUGAUCAUUGUCAAGUGUACUAAUUUGUAAACUUGUAACUCCUUUGCACACUACCAAAGUUCUAAAUUUCACUUCUCAGCCCUGUUGCAGUUGUUUUGUGGAGGAAUGAUUGAUGCCUCCUGAUGAACCUCAGAAUUUGUGCAUUUUUACUGAAAUUUUGAACUGUAACAGGUCUCUGUCAGGUAAAUUAGUAGUGACACACUUUGGAAGGCAAACUGUUUUUCUCAGCCAUGUGGGAUUUCUGCCUCACAGAGAUCAUAUUCGUUACUUACCACUUUUACUCUUGUUCAACAUUUUUCUGGUGUGUUUUAUAUACAAAUUAGAGGAAAAAAGGAGCUUUAAAAAUAGUUUGCAGUAGGCUCUGAUUUUAUAUUGUGGUAUAUGAAUAUAUUUGGGUUUUAAUAUUUUGUUUUGUUUUACCUUUGUGCAAGUUCUGUAUUAAUAUUUAGUUGUUUUUUUAACCAUAGCUGUAGUUUUAUUCUAAGAAUAAAACAUAGAAAUAUACAACUUUCUUUUUUAACAUAAAAAACACAUGUUUAUUUUUAAACCAUUUUUUACCUGAUCAAUAUAUUCUUGAAAACUGUCAAUAAAACUGAUGAGAAGCUACCUUCCACACCUUUUUGUUGUGUUCUUAUUUUGAUGUCCAAUAAAGGAAAAUACA